CAUAGCCUAGUGAGGCAAUCAGACAUUUCUACAGGCCCUGUUAUACCUCAGAAAUUGUGUGUCUUGGAUUCAUGCUGUGACCUGUGACAUGCUGUCUCGGUCCACUUUACCAUGUACCUCACCCUUGCAUAGAUGGGAUCUCCAUGCCUGAAGUUGAGUUGAACAGAGACCUGACUGAGCCUGAGGUGAGCUAAUGUGUCCCUGUCUGUGGUGUGUGCUAGGCUGCCUGUGUGCCGGUUAUGCUCAGUAACGGCUGGGAGCUGCCCUUCUCCGAGGUCAUUGACUGGAGCACUGCCGCCGUUAUCGGGGACGAAAGGCUGCUACUACAGAUCCCCUCCACGGUGCGCUCCAUCCAUCAGGAUAAGAUCCUUGCGCUCCGCCAGCAAACGCAGUUCCUCUGGGAGGCCUACUUCUCGUCCGUGGAGAAGAUCGUCCUCACCACUCUGGAGAUCAUCCAGGACCGGGUGCUUCAGCAUGAGGCCAGGAGCAACCUGAUGUGGAACCGGCUGCCUGGAGGCCUCUUCACUCUGCCCCAAUACUCCCCCAGCCUGGGCGACUUCCCCUUCUUCUACUCCAGCCUGGGCAUCAAACCACUUCCUAAGUUCACCGCAGUCAUCCACGCCGUCACGCCGCUGGUGUCGCAGUCCCAGCCCAUCCUCAAGCUCCUGGUGGCGGUGGCCAAGUCUCAGCACUGUGCCCAGAUCAUCGUCCUCUGGAACUGUGACAAGCCCCUGCCUGCUAAACACCGCUGGCCAGCCACUGGCGUCCCUGUCAUCGUGAUCGAGGGGGAGAGCAAGAUGAUGAGCAGUCGCUUCCUUCCCUAUGACAGUAUUAUAUCGGACGCAGUGCUGAGUCUCGAUGAAGAUACUGUUUUAUCGACCACAGAGGUGGACUUUGCUUUCACCGUGUGGCAGAGUUUCCCAGAGAGGAUUGUGGGAUAUCCAGCUCGCAGUCAUUUUUGGGAUCAGAACAAAGAGCGUUGGGGCUACACCUCCAAGUGGACCAAUGACUACUCUAUGGUGCUGACAGGAGCUGCCUUCUAUCACAGAUACUACAACUACUUAUACACCAGCUACUUGCCAAGCAGCCUGAAAGGCAUGGUUGACCAGCUCUCCAACUGUGAAGACAUCCUCAUGAACUUCCUGGUGUCGGCCGUCACCAGGAUGCCCCCCAUCAAAGUCACGCAGAAGAAGCAGUACAAGGAGACGAUGAUGGGACAGACCUCCAGGACAUCUCGCUGGGCGGACCCUGACCAUUUUGCCCAGCGGCAGACCUGCAUGAACAAAUUUGCCAGCUGGUUUGGCAGCAUGCCCCUGGUGCACUCCCAGAUGAGACUGGACCCCGUUCUGUUCAAGGACCAGGUGUCCAUACUGCGCAAGAAGUACAAGGACAUCGAGCGACUCUAGCUCUAGUGCUCCAAGUCCCUGCUAGCCCGAUUUGGGUCUGCUAGGGGUGGGACAGACGAUGGCCAGCCCCUGACCCCCCCCCCUCCCCCCCAUCAGUGUUCGAAGGGAGGGGAGGGGGGGUUUUGAGUGAAACCGCUCACACACACUCUGCUGCACACUAAAAAGGGUUAGUGAGAGGGACUCUCUUUGGAUUCGGUGUGCCUUUUUUAAAGAGGUUCCCAAAGAGUGGCUGGCCAGGCAGGUUAGGGCAAACUUUUUUGUUUUGUUUUAUUUUUUUGCUGGAAAAGGCAAGCAGUGUCUCACCCAUCAGAGUGUUAUGUAUACAGAAGUGUCUCGGUUAUCCAUUAAAUUAUUGCUAUCUAACUUGAUGGAUCAAAUAGGAGAGGUGUUGAUGUUGAGCCAAACCAUGCGGAAUGCCUAGGAGGUAGUCUUUAUCAGUAUGCAAAUAAUAAUGUUUGUAUUUGUUGAGGUGUAUUACGUGUUUUUUUGUUUCUCCGCACUGGUGCGUUACAAAAGUCAUUUUCUCCUGUCUGCUGGUGCAGCGCAAGGAAAACAGAACUGUUGUCUGUCUUCCACCCCCACAAAUCUAUCGCCAAUGACGACGGUGACUAUGACAACCCAGGCAGUGGCGAGGAACAACACGGAGAACGGCAAAAUUUGUUGAAUUGGAAGGCUGAUGAUCAGAAUGCAUUUCACUCCACAGAGCAUAGUUCUCAACAGUCUGGCCCCUCUCUGUACCUGAAACCACCUCUCCUGAGUCUUCUAUGCAGAAAUCAGAACUGUUACUGUUGAGAGAUUUUAACUUUUUUAUAUUAUUGUUUUUCUUUUUUUAACUAUAUUGUGGUGUUCUUCAUGAAGAUCUUUGAGGAUGACCAUUGCACCGUGCCUGAUGUUUUCACACAUAGUGGUUCUUGGAGACUAGAUGGGGUCAGUGCGGGAAGGACAACAGAGGACACAAAAAAAGAGCCCAUCAUCCAUGCUGCUUAAGUGUAUUAGUUGCACCCUCCCAGAUCCCCCAAGUCUCAAGUUUAUACAUCCUGUCAUGAUCGAACAUAAACAUCAUACUUGACAUAGACUGACUAAUGUUUUUUUUUUUCUUCUUGUUUUGCCCCCCCCCCCCCCCCCCCCCCCCUCCCCCACCAACCAAAUUGCAAUUGAUAACACUACCCAUGCUUUAGUGAAAUAUCGCAUCAGACAGACUUUAGGCUGUUUGCUCUAGUUGUGGUAAUCCCUACAAGUCUCAAAAGUAGAUGUUCCUGCAAAACUGACAAAAAAGCACCAGCAUCAAUAAUCCUUAUAAAUCCCACUCUUUUUCUGUCUGUACUAAAAGGGGGGGAAGAGUGCAGGUUUGGGCAUUGGUAUCUAAAUUCAGGAUUCAAUAAGCAAGGUUGUUUAUUGUAUUGAACAUCUCAAUGCCAAUACAGUACAAUUUACUGUUAAUUUCUUAGAAAGAAGAUAGGCAUUUGCAUCACAUGCAUAAUUAAUUGAUUCUACUGAGGCCUGUUUCUUAAGGCACCCGAUCUUAAAUAUUGACCAGCACAGCGCCUUAUCAUGCAAUGCCAUCCAUAGGAAUAUGUACACUCAUCCAUUAAUAUGAGCAAAAAGAAAGGUCCCCUCUAUAAUACGGUUUGCCAUGGUCUGCCUGCAUUGUUAAACCCACAAAACCCCAAUUCUCCCUUCCAAUGUUUCAGAUUGUUACAGCAUUUUGUGAUUUGUGAUUUCUUUUUUUUUUUUCUUUCUUGUAUCUACUCAGUGUUGAGUUUAGUUGUCCUUUGGUCACUUUAUUUAUGACUGUGUCAUGCCUUUAUGACACACACAGUAGAAAAGAACAAAGUACGUCCAGACAUGGUUAAUAGUCUCAACCCCCACCCCCCUCGAAAACGUUUACCGAACAAAUGUCAAUUAAAAAAAAAAAAAACAAUUUCCACCAUUUUGUGUGUGUGUGCGCGCGUGUGUGUGUGUAUAUAACUAUAAAUAGAUAUAUAAACUUGUAGCUAUAUUUAUUUUUGCAAAAGCAUAGAUGUAUAUUACUGAAACUUUUUGUUAUUUUUUUCCCAAGGGGAAUUGUUGUAAAUUGUUGUAACAUUACAUCUUGUAAUUGUAUCACUUGUUGCCUGGCUUGCGGGGGGCGGGGAAUAUGUUAAAUGGCACACGGGUGAGUCAUCACCUCUUGAAACAGGUCAAGAACAUUCAUACCUGUGGCUAAUUUUGAUAGCUAGCUGGCUAGCCAACCAAACAGCAGUGGCUAGACUUUUUAAGUGCUUUUGGAUGUCCCAUGACUCACCAUAAAUUAUGCUGCCCUUAUUGUUGACAUAUUGUGCCAAUGGCUAAUUUUUUUUUUUACUUAAUUUUUUUGCUUUACUAGUUCCAUUACCCCUUCCCCUUAUAUCACAUUUCCAGUUGAAAGUGAUGCACAAAAAAGCCACAACAUUGCUUUAUGGUUUAAUGAGUUGCUGAUGGCCAGGGCUGUUUAAAUCAUUCCCUGCUGCCCCUCAAUGACCCACUGACUAAAGCUAAGCAAUAGCAUGGAAGAAAGUGUUGUAAUUUUCCUGUGUGUGUGUGAGGUGUUUAGUUGGGGCAGAGGAGAAAAUGGUAGACAUUUCACUCCUCUAACCUUCUAGUAUUGCUCUUGGCAUAAUGGGCACGUGUCCAGAAGAAAUGAUCCGUGAACAAACAUGGCUCCAGGAACAAGGAGACAAAAAAACGACAACUUUUUAGUACAGCUCUUAUUUCUAUUCCUCUGACCUUGUUCCGGGGGUAUUCUGAGGUCCUUUUGCAUGUGUAUCUUCACUAUGGGUUUGAUUCUUCACUAAGCACAGGUUUGAUUCAUGAAACUGUGGUGGUCAGUGGAGUAGAUGCGCUCUUGGCCUGUGCCCUGCUGUAUUCCUGAAAGUGAUUUGAAUGUGCCUUUGAUGAAAGACACUUCUGUGAUUUUUAUUAUUUUCUCUCUUUGCCUUCAACACAAAGAAAAACUGUUUCAUUCUUAUGGAUUUGCAGACUGGAAUACUUGUCAGAUAUGUAUUUUUCCAUUACAUGUCCAGUGACACAUAAGUGGUUUUUAGUUUACCUCGUCUAACACUGGAAUAUUUUGACUGACAUUCCUGCUCUUGACGUAGGAAUACUUCUCAGCGGCUUUCUAUGUUUUUGUCAUCAUACUUUUGUGAGAUAUGCUUUGUGUUCAUCAGACCAUCUGUCCCCCCCCACCCCCCCCAACAUCUUGCCAUUAUCUUCCCAAUCCUGAGAUUCUUGUCAUUUCAGUCAUUUAUUUUACAGAGUUUAAAACAAUAAUAGAAAAUAUUCAAUUUUUUAAAAGACUGAUUUUAUAAAAUAAAUAAACAAAUAUUUGUUA